AUGUCGAGUCUCAGCAGUGUCAUCGCCGCUGAACGGGGCAAGACGCGCCUGCAGGGCUACCUUCCCGGCGGCUUCAUCCUCAACAACACCCAGGUGGAGGGCGCCAUCCUUUGCCUGCCGGAGCUCUGGCUCAUGUGGGACGUGGUGACGCUGCGUGACGUCACCAUCGAGUCCCUCGCCAUCCUCGAUCUCAUGGCGCCGCCGCCAGAGGUGCUUGUCGUGGGCUGCGGCGCGCGCGUGCGGCGGCUGCCGGAGGCGCUGACGCGGCAGCUGGCGGAGCGAGGCAUCGCAGUCGAGGAGCUGGACACGCGCAACGCGCUGUCCUACUUCAAUUUUUUGAACGACGAAGGCCGCGUCGUGGUGGGCGCACUGCUGCCUUGCAGUGAAGACUCUGGCGGCGGCAGCAGCGACGAGACGGGUCGCUCCGCAGAUGCGGCAGCAGCGGGUGGCCGCGAUGGCGGGCAGCAGGCGCCGGACAAGCAGCAGGGUAGAAGAGAAAGGGAUUGA